UUUAGCAGCUGCAAAUUCUUCGUUGUUAAUCUCUCUCUUUCUCUCUCUCUUUCGCUCCCGGAGAUAUGGCGACUUACGGAAGAAAACAUGGUGUGGCGAUGGCGUCGAAUCUUCUAAGAACCCUAACACGAAAUUCUGGUUUCGUUUCAAACACUAGAAGCCUAAGCAGCCUUGGUGGCAGCGAAAUCGUCUCCUCUCACACUGCUAAGUGGAUGCAGGACACAAGCAAGAAAUCUCCAAUGGAAUUGAUCAAUGAAGUUCCACCAAUAAAGGUUCAAGGCAGGAUUGCUGCUUGUGAAGGGGACAAUAAUCCUGCUCUUGGGCAUCCAAUUGAGUUCAUAUGCCUGGACCUCGACCAGCCAGCUAUCUGCAAGUAUUGUGGUCUGCGCUUUGUUCAAGAUCAUGGUCAUCAUCAUCACUAGAAAUCAUGGAUAAGCUCAAAGGAACAACAUGCAUCUGGUUUUUUAAAAUCAGUUGUCCUUUGAAUUGUGUUUUGCAUGAUUCUUCUUCUUCUUCUUCUUCUAAUAGUUGUUUGUCUUAUCAUCCAAUAAAUAAAAAUGUAACUGACACCUAAAUGUGGAAUUAUUAUUUGACUAAGUUUUUUUUCUUAAUUAAAUGGGAUCUUGAUUACCCCUUGAUUGCUAUAUGCAUCAC